AUGCCUCAGGUGGUCAAAAGAAGGAUCUUUCUCAGACCCUUCCUCACUCGAUACCCUCCUCCACAGCACCUCGGGUCUCUCCCACACAUCAUAGCAUGCUGCCUUUCUCUCACUCUCUCCCUCCCUCAACCAUCUCUGCCCCCCAUACCAACCCCUCUUCCUCAGGUGGUCAUCGGAUCUCUAUCAGACCCCUCCUCGCUCAAUUCCCUCCUCCAAGGCACCUCAGGCCUCUUCCACCUGGCAGGAAUCCACCCCUCGCUCGAUCAAACCACCGUCGACGGCACGUUAGCCGUGCUCGAAGCGGCUCUUAAAGCCGGGGUAAAGCGGGUGGUCUACGCGUCCACGUCAGGGACCGUCGGUGCUUUUAAAGACUCCCGACAGGUGGCGAGCGAUGAUUCGCCGUACGCGAGGGAGGUGGUGGGGGGGUGGCCGUAUUACCGGGCAAAGAUCGAGGCAGAGGAGAGGGCGAGGGGGUAUGCGGAGCAGCAUGGGUUGGAGCUGGUGUGCAUGCGACCAACGCUCAUUCUGGGACCAGGAGACUACCGCCUCAGCUCGUGCCGCACGGUGCUGGACAUAAUGGAGCGACGCAUCCCCUUUGUGCCACGUGGCGGGCUCUCAUUCGUCGACGUGCGGGACGUGGCCUCUGCGUUCAUUGCUGCCAUGCAAUCCGCCGCUCCCAACGCCACAUACCUCCUUGGAGCCGUCAACAUGACCUUAUAUGACUACUUCCACAUCAUUGCACGCUGCGCUGACGUGGCGCCGCCGUUUCUGUUCUUGCCGCCAGAUGUCGCAUGGAUAUUGGCCGCCACUGCGUCGAAUCUCUUGCCUCUGAUUGGCCGGAAGGACCCCUCGCUUGAUCCUGUCGUGGUUGAAAUGGCGCAGGUCUAUUGGUACAUUGAAUGGAGCAAGGCAGAGAAGGAGCUUGGGUUUGCGCCUCGACCGUAUGAGACAACAGUGGCUGACACAGUGGCAUGGCUAAGAGUGCACAGGAAAGAGUUGAGGGAUUGA